AUUUUUGUCGCUUCUGUUUUCCUUAAACGAACCGUCCCCUGUUAAAAGACCAACCCCUUUUCUCAGCUUGUUGGGAUAAACCCCAGAAAACCCUCAGGACAGAUUCCCCCGACCUCAUAAAAUUCAGCGCUCGCUGAAGCUCCCAGUCAUAACCUCUCCAGGCCUCCCCCCCCCGGCCUGAAUUCCUCUUUGGAGAGGUGGCUUUGUUUGUGUUGCAGGUUGGGAGGGAGUUUGUGUGUGUGUGUGUGUGUUUCGGGGCAAAGAUUAAGGUCUCGUGUGUCCAGUCUAUGAAUAGGAGUGGCCUAAACGCACAAACACUGUGCUUUCGCUGAGUUGGUUGCCGGGUAACGUAUCUAAGGCAUUGGGGUGGGGGUUGGUGAAAGAAAAGUCUGAGUUUGUGUAAAGGCGCUAUUUUUGUGGCUUCUAGUUUCUGCUGUGCGGCAUGUAAGGUUCUCAGCGUGGCGUGAUGUUGGGAGAUGUGACAUGAUAAAUCGGCAGAGAACUUGUGUCUGGGGGCCGCUACGCGAUUACGAGCCGACAGUGAAGAGUGCCUUCACACAAAUCCUGGCCAUUAGGUGACAGGUAGGCUUCGGACUCUUCCUUGCUUUUGUUUGGUGUGGGUUUCCAGUGCCGAAUCGGCCAUUAAACUAGCCUGGAUUACCCAGUUAGGUCAAAAUAGCCUCGGUGCACCUGAACACGUGACCCUUCAGGUGAGGCUUUUAUAAAUCGCCGAUGUGUUUCUCCACUGUGGCUCUCUGAAAGGGCCUCUCCUCUGGGAGCUGACUGUCUGGCCUGACGCCGCCUCCCCCGAGGAGCCGUCACGGCCUGAUCUUACGUCCUCGCUUUUCUUGGACCCUUAAGUCGGAUCCCUCUCUGCGUCUUGUCACUUUGACUGCGUCGGGAACCCUCCGAAUGCCUGUGCCUGAUUAAAUUCUGCGGCCCUGCACAGCUCACUGUUUUUUUCCAGGCACAUCAGUGUGCCGCCGUGCUAAAGCGCCAUUCCUGUCCCAUACCCGCUGGACGGCUUCACACUGCCGGUGUAAAUUAUUUACGGUUCUGAACACCAGCUUACUUGACCGGAGCUGCUGGUCAACGACGCCAAUUCCGCAGAAGUUCUUGCCGAGACGGGGAAGCCGGAGACAAUGGAAAUCAUGGAGACCAGGAAGGGGGGCGAGAUGCUGGAGAGCUGGCUAAGCUUGGGGGACCUGGAGAAGAUGCAGAGCCUCUUCUCGGCAGGUGACUCGGCUGAGGCAUUGACCCUGAGGAGGGCGGAUUUUGUGGAGCAGGCCUCAUCUGCAAUUGGCCACGGCUCCCCGGAGGAGUUUGGGCGGAUGUUCGACGGGGCAGAUGUGUCACGCCAGGGCCGUAUGGGCUGGCCGCAGAUGGCUUCCUUCCUGCUGCUGACACUGUCCGAGAAGGACGAGCACAGCCGUGCAGCCGUCGCCCCCUGCUGGAGGCCGCUUCGCGCCCUGCAGCUCGUGCACCGUGGGCCUGUCCAGCAGGUGGCGCACCUGGCCACCUCCAACCGGUACCUCAGCGUGAGCCAGGAGGGCACACUGGCCAUCUGGGGCGAUGAGCUCACACCGCUGAAGACUCAUCACGUGAGCACGGACUCUGUGAAGCGUGGGGACCUCUGGGUCUCAGGCAUGGCGGUACUGCAGAACGUGCAGAAGGUUGCUGUGAGCUUCACCAGCAAGGAGAUUGGCAUCUUUGACCUGCUGUCCAAACAGGAAUUCAGCUGCCAAUACAAGCUGCAGGGACUGAGACACCCUCCCAUCUGCCUGGAUUACUGGUCCAACCCUCACAACCCUGAUCAGGCCGUCCUCAGCUUUGGGGACAUGGGGGGACAGGUGAAUGCCAUCUGCUUCACAGCAGCCCACAUAUCCUUGUUUGAGAGGCCCAGCACAGGGGUUGGGCACAACUCUGAUGUCAUCAAGUGGGCGGAGUUGGUGGAGGGACAUCAUCGGUGCUGCUACACGCUUCAGCACCACGCUCACGGGAAUGACUGGGUCCGGCGAGUGAAGUUCCUGGGGAGCCUGGAGGCCUUCGUGUCCUGCAGCAUUGGCAGGGAGAGCAGCGUGGUGGUGGCCUGGAGGGAGAAGGAGGCCACACCCCUCAGGGUGACCUCCGGCCACGUCGGGGGUGGAGUCAAUGACCUGGACUUCCAUGCCGGGCUCAGCCUCCUAGCCACGGCCGGUGUGGACGGGAAGGUGUGUCUCUGGAACCCCCACAUGAUGUCCAAGCCUGUGGGCGUCCUGCAGGGCCACACGACCAGUGUGAUGACGGUGAGCUUCCUCCCAGACAGGAAGCUGCUGCUCAGUUUCUCCAAAGACAAGGUGUUGCGGAUCUGGGAUGUGCACCAUCAGCUCUGCGUCCAGCGCCUGACCGGGAUCUUCCCUAAGACCCAGGAGUUCCGUACGCUGCUCGUCUACCACGAGGAGCGCGGGCGACUCUUCCUCACCUUCAACAACCUGCUGACCCUGCUGGAAGCAAAGAAGGAUGAGAGUCGUGUGUGGACCAGCCACGAGCAUGAGGUCACCUGUGUCCUCUACAACUCCUACUUGAAACAGGUGAUCAGCAGUGAUGCUGGAUCUACUGUAAUCUUCUGGCUCGUGGACACUGGCCACAAGGUCAAAAAGUUCACACAGUGCCAUGGAAAGGCUGAGAUCUCCACCAUGGCACUGGACGGCACCCAGACCCGUCUAUUCACCGGCGGCAAAGACGGCAUGGUCAAGGUGUGGGAUUUGAAUGGACACUGUCACCACAAGCUGGAAGUGACACGGGGCCAAGCUGUUGGGAUUUCUCGCAUUCUGGUGCUGAAGAGGUCGGUCCUGGUGUUGGGCUGGGACAGGAUGUUCGCGGUGUUCAGGCAGAGCAUGUUCUCCAAGUUUCAUGUGCAGCCUUCUGAGUGGAAAGGGGGAGUCCAGCACCAAGAUGAUGUCAUCUCCGCUGCCUUUUCGCCCCCCCAGACUCUGGUGACAGGGAGCUGUGAUGGGGCCAUCGUGGUGUGGAACAGCAGCACGGAAUAUGCCCUCCGCAAGUUGGGCCCAGACAUCCUAUCUGAACCUCAGAGCCGCUCUGAUGAGGAGCUGCUGAAACAGCACAUGGCAUCCGUCCCUACAUGUGACACCUCCAUGGUCUGUGAAGUGCCACUGCUCUCUGCUGCCCCUGGUGGAUGGGAGGACCUGGAGGGCAGUCAUGCAGUCACUAGGCUGUGUUUCCUAGAAGGGAGAAGGAGUGCUGCCACUGCAGGUGGGGCGGACCUGGUGUCAUGCGGCGGCGCAGCUCUGGUGCGGUUCUGGAAUGCGACUCGGGGCCAGCUGGUGGCCCGCUUCCUGGCCCACGCCAGCUCCAGCUCCAUCAUCAUGACGGUGGAUGGGAGUGGAGGACAGCUGAUAACAGGAGACAUGGAUGGGGAGGUGAAGGUGUGGGACAUCCAGGAUUACGGCCUGCUGCCAGCUCGGGGUGAGGUCACCCACCCCCCUAAGUUGCGGUCCUGCUUCCGGCCGCACACGGGCUGCGUGACGCAGCUGGAGACCUGCUGCUGUGAUGGCCGGGUCCUCCUGUUGUCCGCUUCUGCUGACCGGAGACUCGUACUCAGCCAGCUUGCUGGCACCAUCAUCGGGACCUUCGGACAGGAGGAGCACUGGAACAUUCUAGAAAUCCCAGACAAGCUGCCGGGUAGGUGGAAUGAGGCCCUGAGUGGUGGAGAGAAGCUCCAAUCCACCCCCCUGGACCCUGAAGACCCUUUGCGAGGGAGUCCACAGAAUCUCGAGAUGGACAAUGAAAUCCGGGAGUCAGAAAACCACAUGACAGAAAUGGACCCCCGCCAGCUGACUACCGGGACGAGCUCCAUCCUGGGGAGCAGCUACAAAGAAAGGAGGAGGCCCAUAGAAAAUGCGAGCCGGAACUAUGAGGAGACUCCAAAGUGUGGUGGCACAUUCAGCAGUUUGCACUUAUACAAGCUGGCCCCAGUGGAGGCGUUCCUGAAGCCAGACUUUGUGACCAACCCCCAGCUAUCCUUUGGGACGAAAUGGGAACACUCGUUCCAGUCACCAGGCCCCCCACCCUCCUCGGUGGACACGAAGGCCCGUUCUGAUGACAACGAGAUCCUGGAGCUGGAUGCGGGGAUGGGAAGCUCCCCCAGAACAAGGAGGAAUGGCCUUGAUAAGUAAAACUAAAGCCCCAUCUCUGCAGUGCUACAGGUUCCCCUGAAGAAGAGCACUCACACAGUGCAAAUGGAUCCAUCACCUCAACCUUCUUGCAGGGAGGAAAAGCGAGUGAAUGCGUUCGUGUUUAUCCAUGCCAUCAUGUGUCCUUUCAUCUUUAGACCGCUUUGAUUGACAGGUCAAACGGUGUAGUAACCCUUUCCAAACACUGUGAACUGCCUGUAAAUGGCAGAAAAUAAAAGAGAAAUGAAACAG